GUGCUGGUUUUCCUGGCCACCCUUGUCUAUCGCAAGAAAGUCGAUAGAAACCUUGCCCUGGCUCUCAAUGUUGUGCUGGCCAGUGUCGGCCCUUGGCUCAUCCUCUAUUAUCACAAGUUGGUUGACUGGGACGAGCCGUGGCAGCCCGAGCUCAAUGGUGAUUGGCCUUCGACUGCCUACCUGGCAGCGCACUUGGCUGAUAUUCCUGCGCUGCUGGCCAUCCCCCUGAGUCUCUUUGGAGCAGGAUCCAUGCAGCCAGCUGCAGCACAAGAGGCUCUGGGCCAACUGAGCCAGCAAGCCUUGUGA